AUGCUGAAAUUCAGAAGGUACCUGAUCACGAACCUGAAGGCAAUAUACAGGUGCCAACCAGGUCGGCUCUGGGUCUCCUUCAGCCUCCUCAUCCUCCUCAUGGUCUCGUUUCAAGUUGUGGAGAAGCUGCAGCCUACCAGGAACUGUCACUGUGAGCUGGAGCGUGCUCUGCAGCAGACCACAGACCACAGCCAGGAGAGCCCUGACUACGUCCUCCAGACCCACAUCCCACCAAGGGAGGAUGAUCACCCAUACAGGCAGAGGAAGGCUGUGCUGGAGCCUGCUGAGAACACACAGGAUGGUUUCCAGAUGCAUUUGUACUACAGACAGGUGACACCACGGGAGAGCAGUCCGGACAGACAAGAGCGGCACUGGGCUUGGCAGCCUACAGAGAACAGCAACAAGAUGAAAGCCUAUCUUUCAGCCCAGCAGCUGAAAUCCCAGCUCUCCAGCCCCAGAAAAGCAACCAGAGGGGAUAUAUUUCCAGGUGUUCCUGAAAGUGCCGCCACAGCUCUGGGAGAUACUGCUGACGGUGUCCUCUUCACAAGCAGCAUUGCUGCAGAGGAGCACAAGAAAACAACAUCACCCCAGAUGAUGGGGGUGACACUGCAGAGCCCACCUCAGCAUCAAGCCAUGGGUUCUCCACCCCGACCUUGGGUUGACUCAGUCAAACACACCGUGCUCGGUACAGCUCAGCUCCUGAGGGCAGAUGACUUCUACAGGACAGAGCUGGAGAGAGGACUGCUCCCGAGCUGGGCAGAAAUCUCUACAGAUGAGAUGGCCCUUGGGGAUGGCGGGCAGGUAGAAGACGUCUUCUUUCAGAAAGUGUGCAAGCCCAAAACCAACAUCGUUUUCCUGAAGGUCCACAAGAGCGCCAGCAGCACCGUCAUGAACAUCCUCUUCCGCUUUGGUGAGAUGCACAACCUCACCUUCGCCUUCCCGCUCAGGGGCGGCCACCAGCUCUUCUACCCGCACCACUUCAUGGCGAGGUUCGUGCAGGGCUUCUCCCCGGGGAAGCCUCCUCAGUUCAACAUACUGUGCCACCACAUGCGCUUCCUGCGGCCGGAGGUACAGAAAGUGGUGCCCAGCACAGCCGUCUACUUCUCCAUCCUGAGGAACCCCGUGCAGCUCAUGGAGUCCUCCUUCGUGUACUACAAGGGCACGUCGGCCUUCUCCCGCGCCCGCAGCCUGGAGGAGUUCCUCAGCCAGCCCUACCGCUUCUACAACCCCACGGCUGGGGACAGCCAUUACGCCAGGAACCUCAUGACGUUUGACUUUGGCUUCAACCCUGACGCGCAGGUCACAGCCAAGAGGGUGAACUUAAUGCUGAGGGCCAUCGAGGCAUCCUUCGACUUGCUGCUCAUCUCCGAGUACUUCGACGAGUCCAUGGUGCUGCUGAAGGAGACGCUGUGCUGGGACCUGGACAGCGUUGUGUCCUUCCCACUCAACAGCAGGGACAGCAGCACCAGGUCCCCGCUUUCUAGCAUCACAGCUGAGAAGAUAAAGGCCUGGAACAGGCUAGACUGGGAAAUCUACACCCACUUCAAUAGGACCUUUUGGGAGAGGGUCGAGCGGGACAUCGGGAGGGAGCGCCUGUGGCGAGAGGUCAGGGCACUGCGGCAGAGACGAGCCGAGCUGGCGAGGACCUGCCUGCAAGGGACGGGCAGCGUAGGCCCAAAGGACAUCAAGGACUCCUCCCUGAGGCCGCUGCAAUAUGGCAACGCCAGGAUCUUGGGCUAUAACAUCAAGCAGGGCUUGGACGAGGCGACGGAGCACAUGUGCCGGCGCCUGGUGACCCCAGAGCUGCAGUACAGCACUGCUCUCUACAAGAAGCAGUUCCCCCCAAAUCCCCCACAGAACACCCCCCAGAGGCCCCUCCAGAAGCCCCCUCAGCUCACUCCCUCACUGCAGGGAAUGCAGCAGGGUAAAGCCUUGCGGUACAGGCUGAAGGGCACCCGGCACUGAGCCCCCAUCCCGGCCUCGUUCUCCAGCUCCCUCCGCUGAGGACGGCUGACCAUCCACCCCCGGGUUCUUGGGUUGCUGCUGCCCUGGUGCAGCCCAGGUGGGAUGUGAGGUCUGCAGAGGUCCUGCCACCCCUGACUACCAGAGCCCCUAGAGCAGGCCCCACAGUGGGCCCUAAGGGCUUACCUUGCUGUGAUGCCUCUGGGGUCACUCCUGAGCCAGCAAGGAUGAACCUCAGCCUCCGCAGGAGGAGGGGAUGCAGGGGACAAGGAGGAUGGCAGCACUGGGGCCGCUUGUCCCACGGUGAGAGGACUCAGCAGGAAUGGGACAACAAGCUGUGUGAUGCCAGGAGGCAAAACAGGCUGCAGCUGGAGGUGGUGAGGGGUCAGGCUGUCCAUCAGGGCUGCAGGGCUUCAUUUUCACCUCGGGGAUGCUUCUGUCUGUCCAGCUGCAUCUCUCCUCCACCGCGCCUCAGUGCUGGGAGAGCAGCCUCUUAAU